AUGACCGGCCUCACCAAGACACCAAGUCAACAUGUCAACAUCUCAACAUCGGCUCAACACCCCACCACCACCAUCAACGCCAACAUAUUUUCGAGCCUCUCAGCCCUGUCCCGCGAUACCCCCGUCAAAACCUCCGAUGCGUCCCAUAGGAAGACGACGCUCAACAACACCCUCAAAGUCCUCAUCAAGUUCGCCCUCAUCGAGCGGACCACCGAGUCCCACAACAGCAUCACACCCCUAACCCGCAGCGCUAGCACAGUUAGCUCUCGCACUUCUACCAACCGCAGUCUCGACACUCCUGGUACGAAUCAACAUCGGAAUUACAGUGACUCCUCUGACUCGCUCGACCUCUUGCGGAUUCACUCGGUCCUUCUGCCGUGUUUUCUGCCAUGCUUUAUCCUGCCGUGGGGAGUCGUGCGCAUGCCUCGCAACCACCUGCCGAAUUACGCUGAAGGGCAGCAGCAGCAGCAGCAGCAGCACCAACAAGACGACCAACAAGACGGCCAACAAGACGGCCAACAAGACGACCAACAAGACGACCAGUUGCAUCAGGAACAGCAGCAGGAGCCACAGUUGGAGCUUUGGCAUAGACGAGUUCAUGUUCCAGACGUGGAGAUGGCUGUCGUCGCCGCUGAUCCCGCCCCUCCCCAGCACCAAGACCCCUAG